UGAUGAUACAAUAUAGACGUUGCCAUACCCAUGGCUUUGGAGUUACAUGGAAUCAAAGAAAUCGACUCCAGGGUAAUUGAAGAGAAAGCUAGUAGCGGCGUAGAAGAAGUUAUUAAACUACAGAAUGCUGCCAAAUGCUUACAGGCCAAGCUAGAGUCGUUAGACCCUAACGGGGAAAAUGCAAAGAUAUUCAAAAAUGUAGCAAAUAAAAUCCGAGAAAUAGUGCGUAGAAUCAUUGAGUAUGCUUUAUGCGGUGAUGAAGUAUCAUUUGAAGAUGACGAAACCCUGGAAUAUGAAUUCAUUGAGGACACAAAACUGCGUGUUGGCACAGACAUCGUCGAUAUAUCUGAAGAACAUAAAGAAAAUACGGAAGUUGAAUCUUUAGAUGAAUUUAGUGCAGUUACUGUAGACCGUAAGCAGGCAUAUAAAUUAAUAGAAGAUGUGUUCUGUCCUGCUGAUGUGUUUGAGAAGCUCUAUACCCACCAGAAGAAAGGGGUAAAAUGGUUGGCAGAAAUAUACCGAAACAGACAUGGUGGGAUUCUGGCAGAUGAAAUGGGUCUAGGUAAAACCGUAACUGUGUUAUCAUUCUUGAAUUCUUUAAUAUUUUCAGCUGAGGCUAAGACACUAAAUAUAACAGAACUAAAGGUACUGAUAGUGUGUCCAAUUACACUAAUUUCACAAUGGAAGAAUGAAAUGAUAAAAUGGUGCCCAGAGUUGAAGCCCUUAAUAUUUCAUACUGCAUUGGGGUCUUUUAAGAAACAUUUCAUCAGGGAGAUGUGCCAGUACACUGCAUUGAUAACAAGUUAUGAAACCCUGCGGUUGUAUAUUGACUCUGUAUGUAUGAUAAAUUGGUCAUAUGUGGUCUUAGAUGAGGGACAGAAGAUACGGAACCCGGAUGCAUCAAUCACCUUGGCAGUAAAGACUUUGGGGACACCAUAUAGGCUCUUGUUGUCCGGAUCUCCUAUACAAAAUAAUUUAGUUGAGUUUUGGUCAUUGCUUGAUUUUGUUGCUCCUGGCCAUCUUGGAACAUUGCCGAUAUUUAUCGAACAUUUCGUCAAUCCUAUAGUUAAAUGUAGUAAUAAUUCCAACAGCUCACUUGGCUAUAACUGUGCAUUGAGGCUAAGGGAAAUUGUACGUCCAUUUAUACGAAGGCAUGUUAAGAGUGAGUUCGCAGAAUUGUUAAAGUUGCCAAGGAAAUCGGAGCAGGUAAUAAUGUGCAAUUUGUCUCCUGCUCAAUACGAAAUGUAUAUGGCACUAUUAAAAACUGGAUCUAACGUCGCUAAUGACGGUAUGGAAUCAUUGCCCAGCUUACAGUACAAUAAACGUGAAUACUCCAAAAAGUUUAAUAGCAAUCGUUUUCUCAUGUUACUGACUUUACUUCGGAAAACGUGUAACCAUCCUGACCUGGUUUUACAAGAACGCCCAGAAGAUUACGGUGACAUCUCACGAUCUACGAAACUUAAAGUAGCGAUGGAUAUCAUUGAAAAAUGGGAAGCAAACGGUGAUAAAGUGCUUAUAUUUACCCAAACUAUACAGAUGCUGGAUAUAAUCCACGACACGCUGGCGAAACAUUAUGGACAGUGCAGAAUGGCACGCAUUGACGGCGAAGUAUCAAUAAAGAAACGCGCUAAACUUCUGGAAUCGUUUCAUAGUGAUGAAAAUAUGUUUCUAUUACUUUUAACAACACGUGUUGGAGGUGUAGGUCUAAAUUUAACAUGUGCUAAUCGUGUGUUGAUAUUUGACCCGGAUUGGAAUCCCAUGACAGACUCUCAGGCACGAGAACGAUCGUACAGAAUAGGACAAAACAGGGAUGUUGUUAUAUAUCGCCUUAUAUCGGCACAUACUGUAGAAGAAAAGAUAUACCAUAGGCAGAUUUAUAAGUUCUACAUGAGUGAAAAGAUAUUGAGCGACCCUAGCGUAAUCGGUUUCAGGUACCUCCCAGCGUCCGAUCUUCUAAGACCUCCACCUAGGCCACCUGGUGUUAACAAUAAUGACGCCUAUAUGGAUAAAAUACAAAAGCAAAUGGAUUCCAUAGAUUUCGAAAUGGACAUACGAAUGGCAACAAACACCAAAGACGUUUACCAACGUACCUCUGAUGCGCGCAAGGGCAUCGAUGAAAGUGAUGUACUGAGUUCAAUAUUCUCUCACGAUGAUGUACAAGGAGUAAUUAAGCAUGACGACAUAGAGAAGACAGUAUCAUGUAGCAUGGAAUCAAACACAACUGCCAUCGUAGACAAUGCCAUUAAGCUGCUUCAAAAAUCUCUAAAGGAAAGAAAUGCUUAUGACAUAUCAGUUCCUACUUGGACGGGUACUAACGGUCAAGCGGCAGCACCUGUAACUUAUAAACCAAAUCGCAACCGAAGCGGCUUGAAAGUAGCCAAGAGACCCAAUCAUCACAAUGAAUCGCAUAUGAAACAAAAGGAUGCAAUGUACAUCGUGAAAAUGAUUAUUGAUUUCUUCAGAUAUAGCCCAAAUAAGAAGGCUGUAACAGGCGACGUUAUACAACAUUUUGGCCCAUUAAUACCAGAUGCUUCCAUGAAUAUGUUCAAAAUGUUACUUAAGCGGUUAUGUGACCUGAAGAAGUCUAAAGGUCGCCCUAAUUACUGGGUCCUUAAGGACGAAUUUGCGUCGUAGCCAUUAAUAGGUAUGUAGAAUACCAACUGAUAGUAUUUUGUGCCAAGACUUGCAAGAGUGUCUAAGGAAACCGAA